AUUUUUUGUUGUUCUUGAGUAUAAGGCUGCCCCACAAAGGUGUUGAAUUCUAUGAUCAAAGCUCCUGCCAGAAAGGCAAUAAAGAAGAAACUUGAGAAAGAUAUUUACGGAGUUGGAAGUAUUGGCCUUUUCACUGCUUUAGACAGAGAGAGUUUAGGGAUUAGACAGAAACCUGGGUUGGAAGAGCACUCUGGUCUAGACAAAUCAAGAACGACCACUCACGCGUUUUGUGCAGGGACAAACAACAAUGUUCUAUACCAAUCACAGCAAAGCAUCCAACAUAGGAACCUCGUGGCUGGACGUGCAGUUCAUGCACAGAUCAUCAGAACGGGUACAUCAACAUGCACCCAACAUGCCAAUGUCCUUGUCAACUUUUAUGCAAAAUGUGGACAACUGGCCAAAGCCCACUCCAUCUUCAACGCCAUAAUCUGCAAGGAUGUUGUGUCCUGGAACAGUCUCAUCACUGGCUAUUCUCAGAAUGGCGGUAUCUCCAGCUCCCACACUGUUAUGCAGCUGUUUCGGGAGAUGAGAGCACAAGAUAUACUACCAAAUGCUUAUACCCUUGCCGGGAUUUUUAAGGCUGAGUCAAGUCUUCAAAGUUGUACAGUUGGGAGGCAGGCUCACGCACUUGUGGUCAAAAUGUCAAGUUUUGGGGAUAUAUAUGUUGACACUUCGUUGGUGGGCAUGUACUGUAAAGGGGGCUUGGUCGAGGAUGGACUUAAAGUGUUCGCCUUUAUGCCUGAAAGAAAUACUUAUACAUGGUCUACUAUGGUUUCUGGUUAUGCUACAAGAGGACGUGUUGAAGAGGCAAUUAAAGUCUUCAAUUUGUUUCUUAGAGAGAAGGAGAAAGGAAGUGAUAGUGACUAUGUCUUCACUGCGGUUCUUAGCUCGCUGGCUGCAACCGUAUAUGUAGGACUAGGCAGGCAAAUCCAUGGCAUCACAGUUAAAAAUGGAUUGCUUGGGUUUGUAGCUUUGAGUAAUGCGCUCGUUACAAUGUAUUCAAAGUGUGAGAGCUUGAAUGAGGCAUGCAAGAUGUUUGACUCGUCUGGUGACAGAAAUUCAAUUACAUGGUCAGCAAUGGUCACUGGUUAUUCUCAGAAUGGGGAAUCACUUGAAGCAAUAAAGCUUUUCUCGAGAAUGUUUUCUGCUGGAAUCAAGCCCAGUGAAUACACUAUUGUUGGGGUUCUAAAUGCAUGCAGUGACAUUUGCUAUCUAGUAGAAGGGAAACAACUUCAUUCUUUCUUGUUAAAGUUGGGAUUUGAAAGACAUUUAUUUGCAACUACUGCUUUGGUUGACAUGUAUGCAAAAGCCGGUUGUCUAGCAGAUGCCAGGAAAGGUUUUGACUGCCUACAAGAACGUGAUGUGGCGCUUUGGACAUCGCUUAUUAGCGGAUAUGUUCAAAACUCAGAUAACGAAGAGGCUUUGAUUCUGUACCGCAGAAUGAAAACAGCAGGUAUUAUCCCAAACGACCCAACCAUGGCAAGUGUUCUAAAAGCUUGCUCCUCUCUAGCUACCUUGGAGCUCGGAAAGCAAGUACAUGGCCACACAAUCAAGCACGGGUUUGGGCUUGAAGUUCCAAUUGGAAGUGCACUUUCUACAAUGUACACAAAGUGCGGGAGUUUAGAAGAUGGGAACCUCGUCUUUAGAAGAACUCCCAAUAAAGAUGUUGUGUCUUGGAACGCGAUGAUCUCAGGCUUGUCCCAUAACGGACAAGGAGAUGAGGCUUUAGAACUGUUUGAGGAGAUGUUAGCAGAAGGAACAGAACCAGAUGAUGUCACUUUUGUGAACAUUAUAUCAGCGUGCAGCCAUAAAGGGUUUGUAGAGAGAGGCUGGUCUUAUUUCCAUAUGAUGUCUGAUCAGUUUGGGCUUGAUCCAAAAGUUGACCACUAUGCUUGUAUGGUUGAUGUGCUGAGCCGUGCAGGACAGCUCAAAGAGACAAAAGAAUUCAUCGAAUCAGCUAGUAUUGAUCACGGUUUAUGCCUUUGGCGGAUACUAUUAAGCGCAUGUAAGAACCAUGGGAAUUGUGAGCUAGGAGUUUAUGCAGGAGAGAAGCUCAUGGCCCUUGGAUCUAGAGAAUCAUCAACGUAUGUGCAACUGGCAGGCAUUUACACGGCUCUAGGGCGGAUGAGAGAUGUGGAACGGGUUUGGAAACUCAUGAGAACAAACGGGGUGAGCAAAGAAGUGGGUUGCAGUUGGAUCGAGCUGAAGAAUCAGUGGCAUGUUUUUGUUGUGCGAGAUACAAUGCAUCCGAUGAUUGAGGAGACAAAGGAUCUUGUUUGUUUGAGAGAAGAGAAACAAGAGUUGCCACUAGAAACAAGUCCGUACACAAAGUAUGAGGAUAUAGAAGAUUACAAGAAGAAUGCUUAUGGAACUUCCGGUCACCAAGACGUUAAGCCUGGCCAAGGCGGUGGCACAACCGACGCACCGACCCUCUCCGGUAGUGGUGCUCCCUCCGCCAUAGAUUCCGCUAACCAAAAAGCUAAGAAGUGAUUAAGUGAUCAACCCACUCAUUUAUUCACAAAUUAAUCAAUAUCAUAACAAAAUGUUUCUCUUGCUUACCGUUUUUAAUUAGUCUCCAAUGUGAUUUAUUUGACGCUUUGUGAUAAUUGACAUGUUUUUGUUUAUUCUCUUUUUAUCCAUUGUUAUGAUCCAAUCUAAAUCAAUAAUUAAAUAGAUGUUAAGUCU